UUUGGCAUGUGCCAGUUGUGCGAUUAUUCCAACAAUAAACAAUGCUACAAUGAUUUCUAACGGCAGUGGCAUUAGCAUCACAAUCAACAUUAGCAGCCGCGCAAACAGCAGCAGCAGAGACGACAACAACAACAACACAGCAAUAGCAGUCACAUUACUGUAGCAACAAAUCAAUGAAUGGUGUACACUUCAACCCCCAAAACACUUAACUGCCUUUGCACCAUAUCAACAAAAACGUUGCCAAAAAGGAACUUUACGUUGACUCAUUGUGAAUGUGUGAAUGUUUGGAUGUGUGCAGAUUCAGAUUCAGUUUCAGUGCAAAUUGAAAUUGUCGACAAAUGUACGAAACGUUUAAAUUGAGUAGACAAGCAAUAACGCACACACAGCAACAAUAUUAAUGAUAAUAAAAAUUAUAGUCACAGCACCAAAAGGUGCAGGAAGCCGAAACUAAAGCUGAAUAUUUAUCAAACUCCACAGCAAAUACAUAUGUAUGUAUGUACAUACAUACUAUAGUAAAAUGUUGCCAGCCAAAGCAUGAACUGAAAUUAAAAAAUGAAAAAAGUACAUAAUAAAUAUUUUUGUGGUUCAGUUCUUACGCCAUUAAUGUAUUUGUAAAUAUGAUUUGUGUAUGAAACAUACAUACGUUAUGUGCCGUUGUAUGUUGACUGUAGAAGAGUAACCAAACAUCCACCACAGCUUCAUAAUAUUUGCAGAGAGAUUACCACCAGCAGCAGAGUUUACCACUAACAAAUAUACAUAUGUACAUAUGUAUGCAUAUACAUAUAUUGAAGGAACGAAAAAUAGUAGCAACAAAAAAAAAAUCGAACAUUUAGCAGAAAACAUCAUAUCAGGAUUCAGGAUACCACAAAAGACUGGUCGUGGUUGUUCGUGGCGGGCGGCAGCGUUCGUACAAUUUUUGGUGCUGUUGACAUUGUAUUGCUUUGAGGUUGGCAGUUGAAGUGACUUUUUAUUGUUGCUGCGGCUGCUGUUGACUCAUAUUUAAAUUAAUAUUUGUUUACUUUUAAAAUAAAACAAAAUUUAAAUUGCAACAAUUUCAACUAAAUCGAGUUAAUGUAAAAUGAUAAAAUUAAAAUAAAGUAAACGUAUGUGAUUACAGUGUAAUAAUAGAAGAAAAGUGCAUAAUUAUCAAAGUGUUAAAUUAUUACUAAAAACAACAGCUUAAAAUAUAUUACAAAUUCUAAAACUUCUAUUCCUUUCUCUAUAAACAUACAGCGAGUUAUUUUUGUUAUAAAAACAAACACCUACUUCAAUUAUGGAUCCCACAAAUCUACCUUUUGGUUUUGCAUUGCCAGGCCAUGCUCACGUACAAAUACCGCCUACACCAAAUUUAAUGGCUGUGCAUCCCGGACCCACAGCAAGUCCUCCACAAAGUGUACCCGGACGCCGUACACCAUUAGGUUCAGUUGGCUUGGGUGGCUUUUAUGCACAAGGCAUGGCGAUGCCACAACAAACCGGACCAACUGAUGAAAAUAAACCUGGGCCCAGUGGUGGUGAAAAAUCGCCAACACCAACAACUUUGCUAUUAACUGGUGGCACUACAACAGCAGCAAAUUCCGUAGGUGGCAGCUCUAGUAACAGUGGUGGUGGCAAACAAAAAAAUCGUCAAGGUAAAACAGUGCGUUUGAAUAUAAAUGCCAGAGAACGAAGGCGUAUGCAUGAUUUAAAUGACGCUCUAGAUGAAUUGCGCAGUGUUAUACCCUAUGCCCACUCACCUUCUGUGCGAAAGUUAUCCAAAAUUGCUACUCUACUAUUAGCAAAGAAUUACAUACUUAUGCAGCAAAAUGCUCUGGAAGAGUUAAGAAGACUUUUAGCAUACAUACAAAGCACAACCGGUGCAGCGCCACUGGAUUUAGGUUCAUUUCCAGCUGCAGCAAAAUUGCAAGCACUGCUGCAAGGUGCACAUAAUGAGCCACCAAACAGUAGCUAAAUUUAGUAUCUUAUUCUGGAUAAGGAUAAGUUAGGACGUUCAAAAUUUUUGUGCCAAAUAAGAGCAAAAAUAGUAUUUUUUUUAAUUGAAUUAUGAAUCUAAAUGGGAAAUAAUGAAGUGUUCAAUUCAAAAUUACUCAGCAAUAGUCAUAGGUAUUAUUUAAUUGCAUUUAUUCCAUCUUCAUGUAUAGAUACAGCUUAGAAUACAAAAUGUACAUUU